AUGGAAUGCGGUGUGGUGGUUGGGCAUAAAUGGGUUUGGGAUAUAUCCUUUGAGAGAGAAUUUAUGGGUUGGGAACGACAACUGUAUGAUGAUUUUCAGCUCGUUCUUCAACAAUUGGUUCCUAAACAUGGGGUAUAUGCGCAUGUGGACUGUUUGGUAUGGAAGCAUGAUAAUAUGGGCAUGUUUAGUGUGAAAUCGUUAUGUGCUGUUGUUGAGGCAAGAUGGUUCUCGGAAGAUGGCUGGUCGGUUCCAAAAUCACUACGGCCAAUUUUACCAUCCAAGAUAGCUCUUUUUUUAUGGCAGGUUCAGAAGAAUAGGGUGGCUACUAAAGAAAAUUUGAGGCGUCGUGGCGUGGCCUUGGAAGAAGGGGCGACUUGCGUGCUGUGUUUGGGUGCACCUGAAACGGUGGCCCAUCUUUUUCUGCAUUGUCCUAAGGUUUGGCAGCUAUGGGUAAGUGUGUUACAUAGAGAAGGUGUUUGGUGGGGGGUGUCCGAAUCGAUUCAGGCGUGCUUGGCUGAAUGGGGGUCACUUCGAAGAUCUACAGCUAGGAUUUUAUGGGACUUGAUACCAUAUGCUUUAUGCUGGGUGGUGUGGCUAGCUAGAAAUAAUGUGAUUUUUAAAGAAUUAUCUUUUGAUGCUGAAGAGGUAUGGGAGUCUCAUAUGUUUAUGCUUUUUACUUGGAUAAAGGCUUGGUGGAAGGAUUGUCCUUAUGGAGUGCAUCAACUCUCUCAGGGAUUUACAAAAAUAGAUAUUCAAGGCAAGGUGGGGGUGCGCAUAGUUGUCCCUUGGAAACCACCCCAAGGUACGAAUCUGAAAUUCAAUGUUGAUGGGUCUUUUCAGUCGGGGUGUGCUGGCAUUGGUGGUAUUUUGAGGAAUGGGUCGGGUGAAGUGCUUGGUAAAUUUUCCAGAAAAGUGGAGGUUACAAGAGCUGAUGAGGCGGAGGUGUUGGCUAUUCUCUAUGCUCUCUUGUUUUGUCAACAAUUUAUGGUGUCUUCUGUGGAGUUUGAAAGUGAUUCCACACUUGUUGUUGGCUGGAUGAGCGGUGGAAAAAUGAGACCUUGGAAGCUUACAAAUGAGUUGAAUAUGAUUGACUAUUUGAUGCCACUCGUGAAUUGUAUCGGGGUAAUUCAUAUCUUGAGGGAGGGGAAUGCGGAGGCGGACGAGUUGGCAAAAAAAGGGUGCUUUUGUGUGGAGCCGGUUUGGUUCUAUUCAGGGCCAUAG